AUGGUAUCCAUAAACCCAUUCAUCACCUUAAUCUUCAUGUCACCACUGACUGCCCAAUGCUCAAAUGUUAUUCUGUGGCCUCACAGAGCUAACGAGACUUCUCCUUCAUUGAAAGAUUACCUAGAGUUGAACAUAUUAAGAUCGCAAGUAGUAAUGGAUUUGUCACCAGUAUGGUUAUCAGAAAUGGAAACGGAAGAUAUAGGAUUCAUGAAUGGUGAUGAAAUAAGCCAACUUUAUGACACCAUUAUUGAUAACUUCAGCGUUGAUUCAUUUUCCUCAGAAUGCUAUACUGAAAACAUGACGCCUAUCGACCAAUCUUUUCAGAAAAGAUGCAGUACUUUUAAGAAAGAAUCUCCAACCCCAGAACCCCUUGUUGCUACUAGUCUUCCUUCAUCCAACACUUUCACCAUAUCAUUCGGAGAUCUAAAACCUAAAAACGAGAUGCGACAAAUUGAUGAUUCACUUGGAUAUGAAGCUACUGGUGCCACAAAGACUCCAAUAAUACCCAGGAAUCCGAUUCAAGCACAAGAUCAUGUUUUGGCAGAGAGGAAGAGAAGAGAAAAGUUGAAUCGACACUUCAUUUCCUUAUCUUCCCUCAUCCCUAAGCUUAAGAAGAUGGACAAGGCAUCUGUGCUUGAAGACGCAUCUACUUACAUAAAAGAACUUCAAGAUCGGGUGAAGGAACUGGAGAGAUUAUCAGGAACGAAGAGAAAGAACGUUCAAGAAUCCGUUAUUUCCAUAACGAGGUCUAGGCUUAGUACUAGCGAUGAUGAAUACUACUCAUCUGAUGAAACGAACUCUGAAGACAAUACUCAUCUUUGCAAAUUGUCACCUGAGAUUGAAGUUCGAAUGUCAGGAAGUAGUGUUCUUGUAAGAAUUGAGUGCCAGAAAAACUUUUCUUCCUUGAUGAAAUCAUUAACCCAUUUGCAAAAGCUUGGAUUGUCGAUCAUUAGUAGCAGUGCCAUGCCUUUUGCUAAGGACACACUUGUAAUCAAUAUUGUUGCUCAGAUUGAGGAUGACUUUUGUAUGACUGCAGCUGAACUUGUAAAGAACCUGAAGCUAGCUAUAUGAACAUUUGAUGAAACACAAUUAGUAGUUCAAGAUUUCCAUGUACUUAGACGAUUGUUCAUUACUUGGUUUUCUGUUUUUAUAUCAUAGUUUAGAAGGAGGAAAUUUGAGAAGAUUCUCAUCCCCAUCGUUGGGUUUUUUUCGAGUACUCCAGAAGAAGUAUAGGAGGCCAUAACUCGAACUGCGUGUAGGAUUUUUUUUCAUGGAUUAUUUCCUCCUCUUUGUGAUAGAUGGAAUGGUUUCAUGAGUUGUCCACAAUAGGAUUUGUAAGCUUUUUGCGUGGUUGACCACGUUCAUUAAUUUACCUUUGUGAUCAUAUGCGAAUAAAAUCACCAGCUCAUUCUCAUUAUUUUACUUGAAUUUGAUGAUGUAUGUAUUGUGGAAGGCUAAUAUAUAUGUGCACAUGAUGCCGUG